AUGAGCCGGGGUCUGGUUCGAGUGCCAGAAGAAAGUAGCUGCUAUCGCAUCAUCCACCAAACCAACCAGAAUAUUACUAUUAACAUACUGGAGGUUUUGGUUCAGAAGGAGACCAUCGGUUUCUUCACCUGCGCCGAGGAGACACCCUCGGAUACUGAUAGAAAUCCAAAUGACGAUAAAAUGAUUCCACUUGUUAUUGUGGGGGAGCAUAUGCGCAUACGGCUGAAGGGUGUGAACAUUUACGAAACGGGCGGCUUUGUGUUUGACUUCGUCGACCACAGUACAACCCAUGAACCAGUUGAAGACUCUCUGGACUAUCCGGAAGUCAACCAAAAUAACACUUAUCAAUACAAAUACUGUGAAAUUAUGGCCUCCGUUGCUCUGGCGCAAGGAACGGUCUGUCCCGAGGUCUGGGACUCGACUGCCUCCUUCGUGUACUUUGACAAUAUUAUUCUGGAGCUGAUGCUAUCAUACAUGGAACUUCCUGGUGGAAUUCGCGUUCCCUUCAGUAAACCCCUUGACCCUGUUGACUUCAGAGAGACGAGAGGACUGCGCAUCAAAGCGAUCUCGGGAAGUUGGAGUGCAAGCCUCAGCAGAGGCGUAGGUUACUUGAAUGAACGUUAUCCACAGAAGCAAACUAUCGAUUCUAUCUACUACGAAACGCCAACAAGAGCGGAGGACUUAUUGGAAAGAAUGGUCCCGCGAGGUGAGAUACCUGAACCUCGUGUGCAGCUUAGCGAGUGUGAUCAAAACUCCGCCCUAACCAGACACCAAACCAGUAUCUGUCACAAUCUGCCACGCAGUUGUUUUGAUGACGCAAGGCAGAAACAGUACAAAAUCAAGGUGCUCCAUGAUGUCUCCUAUCUCCCUAUUUCCACUAAGCCUGCCUCCAGCCUGAUCACAGUGGAUUCUCUGCUGCGGUUAUCUGAUUUUGACGGACCCUACUAUGAAUUUGUGUUCCUGGUCAAGGAAGUCAAGACCGAGCAGGGAUACUAUAUUAACGUCUUGCGUAUCCUUUGGGAAAAGGGAAGAGUGCGAUUAAUUACCCUCGACAAAGGUCCGAAAUCAGAACUGACCUUGCCGCUUCCGGGGCUAGUCGAUGAGAUCCAACAGUCUCGGAUGGACAUUCUGUUGUCACAAGGCAUGCGGAAUAUCACUGUGUCGUUUCGACUCAACAACGCUCGUAGGGUCACCGACAAUAUCUUGAUAACGCCCCCGGAAAAGGGAAGCAUCGAAUUGCAUUACAGGGAUAUGAUUGCCGGUGUGGAAUACUGCGGCCGCACGUAUAAGGGAAGACAGGCGCAGACACCGCCCAGACGGCCCAGGCCGCCAUCUCGGAAGAAGCCGGAGUCAGUACUACCGGUAGAUGAUCAAAUAAGGCGCUCCAGUGUCCCCACCUACGGAGCCAUCUUCUGGAUGUUUACGUGCCUGAUGGGACUUCUCACGCUGGUGAUAUAUUUCUUCCUCGAAGGCACUGGAUUCAUACUGUCCAGGAUUGCCAGGGGUAAACGCCGACGCCGACCGCCACCUCGCAGGAAACGUGGAAAGCAGCAGUACCUGACAGAGAUGGCAAUCUUUCGGGAUAUACCGAUUCAGACUGAGGAAUCCUGGGUCUGUAGCCAUGGAGUACCACAUCUGCGGCAGGAGCUCAUCCUGCUGCGUGACCUUGGUAUCCAGACCGAUGCACCGGCGGAGAAGGAUCAGGCGAAGGGCGAAAAGGAGGAAGACGUAGAAGCAACCGGCGCAGAUCUGGAGACUGCUGGUAGGAGCAACAAAUCUUCGGGCCGCGCUGAACUGGUUAGUAGACCUAGUCAGACUCGAUAA